AUGCUGCGCUUCCUGGUGUUUGCAACCCUGGUCCUUUAUGGACACAGCAGCGAGGACUUCCCCGAAACCAACGCCCGGGUUGUCGGAGGGGUUGAGGCCCGGAGGAACUCCUGGCCCUCGCAGAUCUCCCUCCAAUACCUGUCCGGAGGUAACUGGUAUCACACCUGUGGAGGGACCCUCAUCAGGCAGAACUGGGUGAUGACCGCUGCUCACUGUGUGGACAGCCAAAUGACCUUCCGUGUGGUGGUUGGAGACCACAGCCUGAGCCAGAACGACGGCACGGAGCAGUACGUGAGUGUGCAGCGGAUCGUGGUGCACCCAUACUGGAACAGCAACAACGUGGCCGCCGGAUAUGACAUCGCCCUCCUGCGCCUAUCGCAGAGUGUUACCCUCAACAGCUACGUGCAGCUGGGUGUUCUGCCAACGGAGGGCGCCAUCCUGCCCAACAACAGCCCCUGCUACAUCACUGGCUGGGGCAGGACCCGGACCAAUGGGCAGCUGGCCCAGACCCUGCAGCAGGCUUACCUGCCCACCGUGGACUAUGCCACCUGCACCAGCCCUUCCUACUGGGGCUCCACCGUGAAGAACACCAUGGUGUGCGCUGGAGGAGAUGGGGCUCGCUCUGGAUGCCAGGGUGACUCUGGGGGCCCUCUCCAUUGCUUGGUGAAUGGCCGGUACACUGUCCACGGAGUGACCAGCUUUGUGUCCAGUCAGGGUUGUAAUGUCUCCAGGAAACCCACCGUCUUCACCCGGGUCUCCGCUUACAUCUCUUGGAUGAAUAGCGUCAUUGCCUACAACUGAACAUUUUCGUGAGGACAAACACCUUCCCAAGAUAAUUUUUAGAUCCACUGUGGGACUUGAAACCAUUAAGGAAAAGCUUUCUAAGAGACUAUUGGGCCAGAUGCAGAAAAGCAAAUAAAAUUGAAUAUACAUUA